CACCCUCCUUCUCGCUUCUAAGAGGCAUCUUCCGACCUGUGGAUGAAUUCAGUACACUCUUCCAGCUGAAGAAAGGGCUUUGGGAGUGGGUGACACAACGCAGAGAAGUGUGAGGGGAGAAUCGUGUUCUGGAUUUUGUGAAGGCUGAAUUCUUAGGAUCCCACAUCUAGGAUCUAGUCUGGCUGUUUCAUAAGGACGGAUUUGUUAAGGUUGAUGCAAAAUGGGCGACCAGAGGCAGAGGUCCUUGUCUACAUCUGGGGAAUCAUUGUACCAUGUUCUAGGACUGGACAAGAAUGCCACCUCCGAUGAUAUUAAAAAAUCAUACCGGAAACUUGCAUUAAAGUAUCACCCUGAUAAGAAUCCAGAUAAUCCAGAAGCUGCGGAUAAAUUUAAAGAGAUCAACAAUGCACAUGCGAUAUUGACGGAUGCAACGAAACGAAAUAUCUACGAUAAGUAUGGCUCUUUGGGUCUGUAUGUAGCGGAACAGUUUGGAGAGGAGAAUGUGAACACGUACUUUGUGCUGUCCAGCUGGUGGGCAAAGGCACUGUUUAUGUUCUGCGGGCUCAUCACGGGCUGCUACUGCUGCUGCUGCCUCUGCUGCUGCUGCAACUGCUGCUGCGGGAAGUGCAAGCCGAAGCCGCCGGAAGGGGAGGAGCAGGAGUACUACGUGUCCCCCGAAGACCUGGAGGCGCAGCUGCAGUCCGACGAGCGGGAGACCUCUGGUACACCGAUUGUGUUACAGCCGGCCUCGGCCACAGAGACGACCCAGCUCACGGCGGACUUACACCCCAGCUACCAUACCGAUGGAGUUAACUAAGCUAAGCAAGCACUGCUCACUAGAGUGGAGACGAAUCAAUAACACGGCCAAUCCAGCACUAGAAUCAUGGACAUUAGAAAUAGAGUACGGGGAGGGGAGACGUCCUGCCACGACACAAGGGCAGCCUCCAACCUGCUGAAAAUAUUUUGUAAUCCCUUCGCCUUUUGUCACCUUCAGUGUUGUAUCUUGAUGAUACAUGGAAGUACUGUAGCAUGCAGUAUUUGAAGCAGUUUAGCUUUGGUCUCUCUCUUUUUGUUUCGUUCUGUUUCCUUUUUUUAAAAAAAAUAGCAUGUGUGGAGUUUACGUUAUCAACGUCUUUGUGUUGUAAUGUAUUGAGGAGUUAUCACAACGAGUGUGAUGGAUAUAUUCUGCAUUUUAAGCAGUGAUACCAGCCAAAAAAAAGAGCAUUUUCAAAGAGCAGUUAACCUGUUACAGAAGCCACUGCACUUCCAUACAGUUGAGCUACGAGCAUUGCUUGAAGGCGACUGUUCAUCUUCCAAGAUUUCCAGUAUUUUCCCACCUGUCCCAUCUUUCCCAUCAUUCCUGUGUCUCAGCAGGCUUGCCUUGAAAAAUGCUGAUGUUGCAAGGAAGGGAUUUUUAAACGAAUUGCUGUUUUCUGGAAAAUGUUUCCUGUUUAUCUGUUUCUUCUUCAGACUAUAUAUAAUCUGUCAGUCAUCUGCUUUUUAGUUAAGAUAAAGCUAAGUAGGAAAGGGCCAAAAUGCUGGUUUUGCUCCAAACCAGCUGUUACUUGAACUAUCUCUCUGCAUUUUAAAUAUAAGUGCACAUGAGUUUUGUUUGAAUUUAAUCAUUCCCCUGCACUAUUUAUAAUCAAAUAUUGCCAAUUUUUAAAUUGUGCAUGAAUAUGAAAAACUGAAACAGAUGUAUGUUCUCGUCCAGCUUGAAUAAUGUCUGUGUAAAUAAAUAGCCAAGAGCAAAUUUUAGAUUUUUGUUGUUCAACUAUACAUGGCUUAGGCAGUUUUCAUAAGCAUCUCUUUAAACACAAUACACUAAGGUCAGGACCACUUUACAAAUGUGUUCUAGGUUUACUCCUGCUAUUAUUUUCAUGUGCACUUUCAGAAAAUCUCCAGUCUGAAUGCAGCUAACCUGUUCCGUACUGGUGCUGUCAUCAGGGCACUGGGCACUGGCUGUGACCGCUGGCUGGAUAUUGGCUUAAGGGUUUACUGUGGUGUCAUAUAGAAAACAGACCAAAGCUGAUUGUGGUUCAGCCAACAGAGCACUGUGCGUGGAGUUGAGAGGCCCAAAUCCCGAAUCUGUUACUGGAUUGAUUUGUGUAGCUUCCUAGAACAGCUUAGAUCAUUUCUCUGCUUCUGUUCUCUUCUUGUAAAAUGGGAGCCGUAAGCUGACCUGUCCUAAUGAUUGUGCACCACUGUACACAGGAUUAAUUGGUAUUGCCCAGUGGCUGUCAAGGAGCAAACUGCUCCCAUUUCCUUGUAUCCCCCCCAUGAAAUGCUUUGCACCUGCUGUUCUUUUCGGUAUGUUCCUUUCAGCUUGGCUCUUCCCUUCCUUUUCUGUCUCUCCAGUGAUACUUUUAUAGUGCACUCUCCAAAGGGUUUUCCCUCUCUGUGCUGAGGAGGGAAAUCAUGAAUUGGAUAUUUUGUGUGUGCUUCAGUGUGUGAAAUCGGAGGGCAAGAUAUUCAAGUAGUGUUUACUCUGUGCUGUUGCUUUAGAAUAUCUGUUGAUAAAGGCACCACCCAGGGACAUGCCAGGAGUCUGGGGCUGCUGCUUGUGUUUUGGAACCUCCUCCUUCCCUCCACCUUUCCCUCCCUCCACAUUAGGAUGUCUUAGAAAUAUUUGAGGUGGCCAGGACUAGAUCUGUAGAACAUGGAGACGGUGGCGUGGACAGCUCCGCUUUGAUUGUGGCUGGGUGAUGCCAGUUUGAAUGCUGUCCAGGUGGGAGAGGCAUUGCAGGCAGAAAACUAGCCUAGCAAGGAGAGAGGCUUUUAGUCAAGCUCCUUGACCAUUCCUCAAGUUUUUCAUUUUAUUUUUUAACAUAGGAGAGCAUCGAAAGAUGUUGGCAUCUUCCUGUGGGCUAAUACAUUACACUCAACUCAGCCAGUUCAGCAUUCCACAUUCUGCAGCAUAUCUAAAUGAGGCCUAGCUCAUGUGAAUUGCAAAUUUGUUUUAGGCUGUUUCAGGGUGGAUUUUCCCCUGCAAGUUGAUGGGCUUCCAUUGGAGGAGUGUUCCUCCUGUCAGACCCAAAAGGAGGUUUGCAAAGUGAAAGGAAAGAGUGCUGAAAUCAUGUUUAACAACUGGACUAAAAUGAUGGUUUGAAAUUUGAGUAUCAGUUUCCUUCCUUCCCUUUCCAAAGGUGUUUUCUACUGCAUGUGCAUCUGACUUUGGCCAGGCAGAAGGUCCAUUUUCAAUAUUUAGGAUGAGGUCCAAGCACAUUAAAGUAAUAACACCAACACUUAUUAUGUGGCUAGUUUUUAGCUAAAUAUUCAGGACAGCACGGAACUUUAACAUAUCCAGAAUCCACUUUCAAUAUUCAAGCUCUUUUAUACUUGCAGCUGUCUAUAUGCAAAAUUGCAUCUCACAAUAGCUAGUGCCUCUAAGCAGGUUUUUAUUUACUAUCCAACUACCUUAGGGAGAGAGAAAAAAAUCUAUAAAACUGGCCUUGAAAGCCCUAAGCCACCUUUCCAAUGUAAUCUGCAAUGUGGAGGAUGAAUUUAUAAUAGAGCUUAUAAAAGACGGCAGAAUUUAUUGUUCAGAAAUUAGGGUUGAUACCAAUUGUGUGUCUCCUGUCAAACCUCAGCUUUAUUUUAAAUAUGUUUAAAGUUGACCAGGUGAGGCUUCUGCCAUGUCUCCACAACGAUCCGGUGAAAAACUAGGUCCCAAAUAGGUGUGAAUUUGGCUUUGAUGUCAUUCUUCACUGGUUCCCGUUAGCCGUUGGCAAAAAAUGCAGCAAUCUCAGGUGCAGUUAAUUGGCUUACGAAACCCUCUCCUUCUGUAUCUUCUCCUGUGUAUCAGUUCAUGUGAGGGUUGAAGGCACUUCAGUCGGCUAAGCAGUUGAUGCUCUUGUGUAAUGAUUCCAUGAGCAUCCCAGGCAGACCUGUGGGGUAGAACCGCCAAUGGGGUUUCUGAGGGCGGCAUCAGAAACUUCUUUGUCUCAUGUUACCCGUCCAUAUAUUCUUGUUACACUGACCCUUGUUCUACAUCUCCCAUAAUUACUUGGACAGAAUGCCAGGAAGAAGGUCUGUGAUGCAGGCCUCAAAUGCAUUCAUUGUCUGCUCCUAACUGAGUGACCUUGAAUAGGCGAAAUGUGGGCUCUUUCACAGUCUGUUUUAAAAGGAAAUCAAGUUUCAAACGCAAUAGUUCCUCAAAUAUGAAAGUGGUUUGCAAGAAGUUUCACUUUCCAUUGCAGUUCUUGUGCUAAAGUGAAAAUAAGCGGUGCGCAAGGGGGGGAUGUCUUUUCAAACUAGCUUCUGCUCUCAGAGUGUUACUUUGAGUGCAAUGCAGCCUUUCCUAACCUUGUGCUCUCCAGAUGUUCUGGACUGCAACUCCCAGUACCCAGCUGGAGGGCGUUGGGUUGCGAAAAGCUGGUGUAUUGCAUAAUUCUCCUAUUUCUCGGUAAUUGUCCAUAUGCAAAGUCAGGGCAGGUCCUUCCCCGCCCCUUCCCUCUUCCGUUCAGCUUUAUGUUUCCCUUUUCUUUUGCACAUCCAUGUUAUAUUGCCACAGACUUAACGGUCGGUUAUCCUUUGAGCCUUUUUGUCAUUGUCCAAACCAGUGGAUCAUACCAAUGGAAUUAGCAUUGCACAGUUUUGUGAUGGGCAGAUAAUAUCCAGAUUUCAGGCCCAGCAGCACCACCUCAUUAUGUGUUGUGGCCAAACCAAAUCCUAGUUCUGUCUCUUUAACUAAACUGAGCUGACAGGGACCUGCUUACGGGAGCUGCAGGCACCACUUACCUGCCCUCUCCUCACAAACAUCAAAAUAAAUGUGGCUUCUUCACUGGAGAGGCUGCACUAAAGCUGCCGAGAAUCAAGGCAGGGACUCAAAAUGGGUAACAGACUGGCUCCCAGGCAGAAUGUUUGGUGCCAACGUACCUGAAAAUUCAACCUCUGCACCGUUAUUCUCUGCUUAAAUGUGUUGCCAGCACUUUAAUUUUGUGCGUGCGUUUUUCCUUAAGUGACGUUAGAUUUCUAAAGCUUUUCAAUGAGUCGGCUUGCCUCGCCCACCAAUCGCAUCAGGGUGUUCGCUGUGUGAGCAGCUGCUGUCUUCAGUCAUACUGCCCCAUCUUGUAUCACUUCUGUUAGUCAGGGGAGAAUCCACACCACUUCUCAUGGUUCAAAGAGUUUUACGGGCAUCCGUUUCAUUAACUGGAAUCUGGAGGAAAUGCAGCCUGAGAAAUAGGCUGAUUUCUUGCUGCUUGGACCCCCUAUCACACCAUACUUAGCCGAGGGUUUUUAUCUCCAAAACUGCAAUUUCGGUCCCUGGGCAUGUGCAUGAAUGUGUGCGCACUGCACCACCAUCCACAAGUGUCUGUGGAAGGUCUGAAAAGGUAUCACGGUGGUGCUGACUAGACAUAACUAGCAAAGAAAUCCAUGUCUUUUUUAGAACCAGUGACUGUGUUGCAUUACAUUUUAAGACACCAGGGUGUGUUGCACAAUCAGUUCUGUGCUGGGAAAAAUGUCACUUGGGAGCCAGUUAAAAAAAUAUAUAUAUAUUGCAUUCCACAUCCCCUCUACAGCAGUGGCCGAAGGCGGUUGUUACACGAUACGGCAGCCCAUGGUGGCUUAAUUUAGCCGUGGGAGCUGUUGCAUCAGGUUGUGUGCCAAUUUCGCAUGAUCCCGGUGGGCACCUGGCUUAUGUGGCAUGACCCCAGGUGGCAUUCUCACAGCAGCCCUCACACUGUUUGAGGACUGCUGCCAAGGACAACAAGGCCUCCCACCUGGGCUCCCACCAUACAAGCAGCCCAUGUGUAGAGGGCAAUUAAAGGAAAGGUGUUUAUAAUAUGUCACCGUGGAUGAUUUCCCCAUCACGAUGGUGCGAAUCCGGUCCGUUGUCUCCUGCCUCCUCCUAAUGCACAGCUUCUUUCUUAUUACCCUCCAUCCCAGAGUAAUUCAGUGCAAUCAUUUAAAAUAGAUGUGGUCAUCCUUUGUAUGGAACUAAGGGGCAUUUUGCCCGUGACUGUUCAAUAAAUUUCAUGGGUAAUAUGUGUAAGGGUAAGCUAUCUGUAUUUUAUUUCUGUGUAUGUAUAGCCAUCUGUAUACACCCUUGCAGCAUUUGUACAUAGACUUUUUGCCAUUUCUUGGCAUUUUCAAGAGCUAUGCCAUGUCUUUUUUUUUAAAGCUUACUAACAUUUUUUUAAACUGCUUUAGAUAACAGCACUCAAAGUGGUCAAUAAAAUGUGACACCCUAUGAAAUUGCAUUGUAUCGUAGACAUAGUGCACUAGAAUAAGCAUCUCCUAGGAAUUUAUUCAAAGGGAAGAUAUUCAAAUGCUGAAAAGAUGGACAAUAAAUCCAUAUCCUUAAAUACCCCUCAACAUACAGAGAUACCAAGUUAAGAGCUGUUGGAUUGCAACUCCCAACAUCCCCACUGUUAGCUUUGCUGGCUGGAGCUUAUGGAUGUUGCAGUCCAGCACCUGUUUCCCACCCCAUACUAAAGAGAAGAUUGCAAAGUUAGCAGAAUCCUGGCACGGUCAUGAUUUGUGUGGGCUGGUGGGGUUGAAGUGAAUUGCCAGUUAUUCAGGGCACGAUGAGGGAAGCCACCAAGCCACCUCUGAACGCACCUGCUGCAGAGGUGUACAAUUCAGUGGGGCACGCUGACUUGAAGGCAGCUGAACUGGAUUGUUGCAGUUCUUACCUGGUGAUAAUUUGGCUUUGAUCAUUGGCCAGGAAAAGGAGAGGGGGAUGGUUCAGCCCAAAAUGACCACCCCUUUCUCCGGCCUGAGCCUUCUGCUUUUUCAUCCGUGUGUGGGCAGUGAGACAUGACAUUGGGACAAGUAGGCAGUUCAGAGUUUCCUGUUCAAAUAGAAGGAGGAGAUGCUGGUGCAUAUUUUGUUAAGAGAGAAAAGUCCCUUAAACUUCCAUGGGUCCCCCCCUUUUAUUAUUUAUUUUAUUUUGCUGGAAACAUUGGCCUUCCUCCUCAGUGUCAUGAUGGAAGGAUGAAGUUCAUUGCAGGUGAAUAUGUAUGAUUGCUUCGUAAAGGCCCCAAAAUGGACAGUGCAGAAGUGCCCCUCCUGACUGUGUAAGGAAUACAACCUUCUUCCUACCCCAGAGCCUUCACCUUUGUGUUCCCUCCACAUGAUUUCCUCAGUACCUUUGUCCAACUUGUAGCUCCAAAAUAGCACAAGGUCUUUUUAAAUUACUGUUUAUUUGCUGGAGACAAUCGGCACAAUCAAACUGCAUCGUGCCUGGUCGUGCAGCUUGUUUCAGCUUUGAUAUUUUGAGGUAAUUUAAGUUUCGUAUGCCUGCAUGUUAAUGGAUUCAGGGGCACACGCGUGUAUUGAUGAAAUGAAACUGGAGAUCUGUCAGGGCAUUGCAUUUUCCUUGUUGGGAGUGGCAUCUGUGUGUGCGGGCGUGCGCCUGCACACGUGUGUGAUCUCGUUCAGCUGCCAUUUUUUUAUUCCUCCCUGCAUCACUCCCCCCUGCCCCCUGCUUUUAUCGGGAAUGUGUUGUGCGUGUGUCUUAAUGUAAUUAUCACUUGAUUCAAGGCAGUCUCUUCUGGUGUACAAGUAAGAGGUUAGGAUGAACUGAGGCACGGGCAAUGAAUACUCCCCUCGCACGGCUUCUGCUUGUUUCAGUGAAGGUUCCCACUGAAAUGAUAAAGGCGCCAUAACAGCAGAAUUUGGUCAGUUCCAUCCUUGACUCACUGUUGACUUUUAAUCCUUUGAUUGCGGCCUCCUUUGAAGUCUGUGCGACCUGAAGCCAUGACCAGGGUCGCCUUUGCACUUGUUCUUGCGAGAUGGGAGGAGGGAAAAUCCAAAUGUGUUUUAAAAAAAUGUUAGUUGUAAAAAACAAUCAAAGUAUAAAUGCAUUUGAAAAGCAAUGAUAUAUAAAUAUAUAUAUAAUAGAAUAUAUAUAUAUUUUGUUAUGUUACUUAGAGGGUUAUCCUUUAAAUUGUAUGUAAGUAGAUGUGGCUGUCUGAACUUUGUGGAUUGUUAACACUCGCAGUACUGAGCUCCUGUACAGUUCAAGCAGAAAAAAAAUUAUUUUAUGUUUUAGCAUGGUAAUUUAUGUAUUGUAUGUCUGAAUAGGAACUUAAAAAAUAAAGACUGCUAAAUUAUCAGAAA